UGGGCUGAAGAUCUGUCUUUACCAGCUACUAAUCUGCGAAUUGUCGAUGGCUGCAGAAGAGAUUUUUUUCAUUUUAUCUUUAAAGAAGACAACAAAUGUUUCACCGUAGAUUUCCAUAACUGUUCUUUUUGCACAUCUAUUUGUUCAAGCAAUCCAUGGACACUGCCUCAGUGCUGUUGCAGUCGAGAACAGUCCCUUUUUGCUUCAAUUUGAAAGGCAACCGAAUAGUUUCUUGCAGGCAUUUCAACAAACAAUUUCAAAGCAAGGGCUGUUAUUCUCAACAGAAUCUCAAACCUACCCGAAACGCAUCGAGUUUCAGUCUUUCACCGUCACCGCUUCGGAAAACAACAAGAACCCAGUUUUUGUCUCCUCUCAAAUGCUCAUUUUCCAACAUUCCAAGCUCAGAUUCUCGAAACCCUUUGCUUGAACCUUUCAAAAACCUCUCUUUUGAUUCAGUCAAAUCGGCUCUUUAUGAGUUAACGCCUAUAAAGUUUGUCAAAUGGGCUGCUAUUGUUUCCCUUGGAGUUGCAGCUACCAAAUGGACUGGUAAUGUGGUUUUUAAUCCUUUCUUUUGGAUGUACUUCAGCUGGAGUUGGUUGUUCUGGCCAUGGUUUGUAGCUAUAGCCCUUGCUUUAUAUGGUUUGUAUGCUUUUCGAAAGCAUUCAAUUGGUGAAGCAAGCAUUGUAGAGCAGCUUGCGAUUGUUACUUCGGUAUUCACUUGGCUAACUCUAGUACCCCCUGCUUAUUUCAAUGGCUAUCUUGAAGGUUGGCCCUUUAUCUUCUUCUUUGUAUACCACUAUUUCUUUUUCUUCAAUGUUAGUGUAAGAAAACGAUUGUACGGAGACUAUUAUGCCCGUCCACAUGAUCCUAAGUGGGAUGUGAACCCACCCAAAUGGUAUCGCCUUUUGUUCUGUGUUGGAGUCAUGGUUGGGCACUGGGUCGCCGCAUUUGAAGCUCCAGAGCUGCAUCGCGUCCCAGGAGGUUGGAGCAACAUUGGAGUGUGGAUACUGAUUGUGAUAACUCUUUUGAUGCAAUAUAAUUCGACAUUGUAUCUUGCGAAGUAUUCAGAGAAGAUAGUGGUGCCAACUGCUGUUGUCCAAUUUGGGCCAUACAGAUGGGUUCGGCAUCCGAUAUACGCAUCUACAAUGCUUUUAUUUGCAACUUAUUGCCUUGCACUUAGAGCACCUCUUAGCUUGUUAUUCGUUGUGGCAGUUUGUUUGCUGUAUUAUGAGCAGAAAGCAAAAUUGGAGGAGGUUCUAAUGGUAGAGACUUUUGGAGAGAGUUACCUGGAGUAUGCGAGUAAAGUUAGGUGCAAAUUCAUACCUUUUGUGUACUAGCGGCAAACAGGAAUGCAAUUGUUAAUUGUGCAAUGUAAUGAAGUUACUGGACUGUUUGAGCUUUGGAGUUAGGGAAGUGCUAAACUGUGCUUGCUGAAUUUUUUUUGUUGCUUUUUUUUGGUGAUUCUCAUAUUG